AUGAACCCGCAGACAAGUUUACGAGUACGUUUACCGGCGUUAGUGUUGGCGUUGCAAGUCGCCCUCCUGAUUCUGUACGCCAUCUUUGUCACCUACGACGACGACGCCAACGCCAAGCUACAAAAUAAUGAGACCGACCCGAUGGAGAACAGCGUUUAUAGCGACUAUCCUUUCUUCGCCGACAUCCAAGUGAUGAUCUUCGUAGGCUUCGGGUGCCUGCUGGCCUUCUUCCGAUUCUACGGCUUCAGCGGCAUGGUCUUCAACUUUCUCACGGCCACCUUUAGCAUCCAGUGGGCUAUUAUCUUCCAGGGUUUUUUCCAGUUCUACUACGAUGGCAAAAUUCACCUGGGUGUGAUGAACCUGCUGUACGCAGAGUUCGCCUGCGCCGUGGUGCUCAUCUCCUUCGGGGCCGUGCUGGGCAAGGUGAGUCCGGUGCAGCUCCUGGUGAUGGCUUUGCUGGAGAUCCCCGUGUUCGCCGUGACAGAGUGGGCCGUAUUGAAAUACGUCCGAAUAAACGACGCCGGCGGCAGCAUCCUCAUUCAUUUGUUCGCCUGCUACUUUGGCCUGGGCGUGACCUUUGCGCUGUAUCGCCCGGCCCUCGGUGAAGGGCACCCCAAAGAAAUCACCAGUUACCAUUCGGACAUCCUCUCCACGAUGGGAACCUUGUUCCUCUGGGUCUUCUGGCCCUCGUUCAACUCCGCGCUCACCUUCAAAGGUGACGAUCAACACAGAGCCAUUCUGCACACCUUUAUCGGUCUGAGUUCAUCCACCAUCACCGCUUUCGCCCUUUCGGCGGUGUUUAACAAGAGAGGCAAGCUCACGAUGGCCGACAUCCAGAACGUGACUUUGGCCGGCGGCGUGACGGUAGGGGCGUCGGUGGACAUGAUGAUCUCUCCUUCGGCCGCCUACGCUCUGGGCAUCCUGGGCUGCGCCGCUUGCUUCUUUGGAUACAAAUAUCUAAGCCCCUUUCUAGCACGCCACAUGAAGAUCCAGGACCAGUGCGGCAUUCACAACCUGCACGGACUCACGGGCCUGAUUUCGUCCGCGGCCGGAAUCUGCGCCAUCCUGCUCGCCACCGAGGAAACCUACGGGCCCAGCAUGUACCGGAUCUUCUCCCACCGCGCGCCGCCCGAGGGAGAUCCCAAGCUGCUGGAGCUUCGGAAACUGAUCCCCGGGCUGAAGGCGGGCUUGGGGCGUACGGCGCGACAGCAGGCGCUCUACCAACUGGCAGCCAUCUUUUCCACCGUGGCGGUAUCCACCGUCGGCGGGCUGCUGACCGGUUUGGUCUUGAAGCUGCCGUUUUUGGCUUCACCUUCAGACGAGGACUGUUUCGAUGACGAGGUCUUCUUUGAUAUGCCGUCACAUUUGAACGGCGUAGAAGUUAACAAGAGCGCCGUCAUCUGCGAUGAUGUUCGUGUCCAGAAAACAAAUUAG